AUCGUUAAUUGGUCAAUAGAGUAAAUGACAGUUUAUGACAUUGGGUUUCAUUGGCCCGUUAUUUUCUCAUUUGCUUGCAGUCUCGCGGAUAAAAAUGGCCGUAGUGAGUGUUGUCUUCUUGUCGUUUUUCGGUGGUGUGAUACUUUUUUCGUAAAUCUUUACUAGUUUUUUAUCAGAGAGCCUAUAAUAUUUUUUUCUCAAGAGUGUUGAUAAACUGAUCUAUAUAGUGUGACAAUGUCUAAUGGUACAAGUCCGAGUGUGUUAAGUUUUUUGAGACAAUACAGAUUCCAGAGGAAACCAAACGGUCCUGCUGGACCCAGCUGUCCAGUCACCGUUACCUCGGCUCCGUCAAGUUCUCAGUUAAAUCAAACUCAAAUCAGGAUGGCCGCCCCAAACACUGUAGUUAGAAAUGGACCAAUAGUGUACAAGCGGAUAAGGAUACAGGACUCUGAUUCCGAUGAUGCAGCUUCUCCAGCGAAGAAGCCCGCGGUGACUGUAGAACUGACACCAGCUCUCAAGGAGAGGAGGUUUAGUAAUAUGAAAGAAAUGUUCCCUGAUAUAUCUCCUAUUUUCAUUAAAAACACACUAGCAAAACACGGUUGGAAUGAAGAAAGGUCGAGAGAUGAAUUACUGAAACACGACCCUGAGAGUAACGACCGGGGUUCUACCCCCCAACACGCGUUCUUCGGGGGCCGCCCCGGAGUUUCCGGGUCUGGGGCCCGGCCGUACACCAACAUGGGAAUAGUGAGGGUUACCAGUGGGCCCAAGAUGAAUGUCGUGGUGAGGAAACCUCUGGAGGCUAAAGGGGGAAGAGCGAGGAGAGGCAGCAGUGGCAGCGAGGACGAUGACUACGGUGUCAGAAAAGGGAAGGAUGAUAGAGUGUAUGAUAGUGAGGACUCUGACAAUGAGAUCACGGAUGAUCUGAUUGGUGACAAGAAGAAGGUGUUCGAGUUCCUAAACAACAGCAACAUGCACGAGCUGUCUCUGCUGAGCGGGUGCUCGCAGAAGAAGGCAGAGGCCAUCAUAGCUUUAAGACCUUUCAAAGGCUGGGUAGAUAUGGUGGACAAAUUCAAUAGCAAUAAAACUCUAAGUACGGAACUGUUGAACUCGACGCAAGAGCUGCUGACGACCCGCAACAACAUACAGCGGCUGAUGAAGAAGUGCGUCGGGCUGGCGCAGCAGCUCGAGGCAGCUGUGGCUGCAGGCGCUGGCCGGCUCAAGCAGCCCGCCAUAUUGGAUGAGAGUUUGACCCUGGCCCCGUACCAGCUGGUCGGGCUGAACUGGCUGGCGGUCCUGCACAAGCAGGGCGUGUCGGGCAUCCUGGCGGACGAGAUGGGUCUCGGCAAGACCGUGCAGGUGAUCGCCUUCCUCGCGCACCUGAAGGAGACCGGCCAGGCCAGGGGCACGCAUCUGGUCGUCGUGCCUGCCUCUACGCUCGACAACUGGAGCAGCGAGUUGUCUCGCUGGUGUCCGGCCCUGCGCGUGAGCAAGUACUACGGACACCCCGAGGAAAGGCGACAGCUGCGCAUUCAGUACGCGAGGGGACUACACGACGUCGAUGUCGUGCUCACCACAUACACAAUGGUGAACAGUUGUCCUGAGGAGCGCAAGAUGUUCCGCAUAACACCCAUGCACUACGUCAUAUACGACGAGGCGCAUAUGCUGAAGAACAUGUCCACGCAGAGAUACGACAAUCUACUUAAAAUUAAGUCUAAGCACCGGCUGCUGCUGACGGGCACUCCGCUGCAGAACAACCUGCUGGAGCUGAUGUCGCUGCUCGCCUUCGUCAUGCCGCACAUGUUCUCUGGGAAGACAGACGACCUCAAGAGCUUGUUCCAGAAGAAUGCUAAAUCAAAAACAACGAAAAAAGUUGACGGUAAAACUGAAGAAGACGAGCUCCCAUUCGAGCAGAGCCAGAUAACGCAAGCCAAGCGCAUCAUGAAGCCGUUCGUACUGCGGCGUCUGAAGCGGGACGUCUUGCAGGACCUGCCCAAGAAGACCAACCACAGGGAGCUCUGCCCCAUGUCCGAGAGGCAGGAGAUCUUGUAUAAGAAUCUGAUUGCUGGUUUUUCUGCUAAGGAUGGCACGAUCCGCGCGACCACCGAGCAGAGCGGCAUGGCCAUGAUGAUGGACAUGCGCAAGCUGGCCAACCACCCGCUGCUGCUGCGCUACCACUACUCGGACGCGGGGCUGCGCGCGCUGGCGGGCCGCCUGGCCAGCCACCCGCGCUACAAGGAGAACAACGCGCAGUACGCCUGGGAGGACCUGCUGUGCCUGUCCGACUUCCAGAUACACCAGCUCACGCAGCAGUACAGCACAAUCAGCUCGCACGCGCUACCGGAACACCUGAUCCUGGACUCGGGCAAGUUCCAGAAGCUGGACGAGAUGUUGCCGCGACUGAAGGCGGGCGGCCACCGCGUGCUCAUCUUCAGCCAGUUCACCAUGAUGCUGGACAUCCUGGAGCCAUACCUCACCAUCCGCGACCACAAGUACCUCCGCCUCGAUGGCAGUACCGCUGUUGUUGACAGACAAGAGUUAAUAGACCGCUACAACACAGAGGACAUAUUUGUGUUCCUGCUGUCGACGAAGGCGGGCGGGCUCGGGAUCAACCUCACCGCCGCUGACACCGUCAUCAUCCACGACAUCGACUUCAACCCCUACAACGACAAGCAGGCUGAGGACAGAUGUCACAGGAUGGGCCAGACGCGGCCGGUCACGAUAUACCGGCUGCUCAGCUGCGGGACCAUCGAGGAGGGCAUCUACCAGGUCGCGCAGGAGAAACUCAACCUCGAGAAACAUGUCACCGGUGAUGAUGAUAAUGAAUCUACGGAACAAAAGAACGUCGUGCGGUUGUUGUCAGCGGCGCUGGGCCUGACCUCGCCCAGUAAAUGAUUGUCGAGCAGUGACGUCAUCCUCGUCGAGUGAUUACAGUGAUGUGACCCAACAUUUGUGUACAAACAUUCGCGACCAAUGUUGGCCAAGUGACAGUGCUAGGCAACUGUGAAUACGUGCUUUAGUGUAUAUUGUACAAAUUAAUCCAAGCUUAAUUAAUAGACCUCAACAUAUUCUAAUUAUAAUAUUCAAUGUUCACACAAUUUCUGUUUGAAGUGUUUGAAGAUACAGGUAUGAUUCAAAUUGUAUUACCACCUACUGCCUUAUGUCAAUAACUAAUAUAAGCAAAGACGCUAGAAUUUACACGCAUUGCUCUGCUCUAUACUCUCUGGUGCCUGAGUUAUGAUCACCAAACUUACUGAACCAUCUAGAUAUCUCAUUCUUAAUUCUAUUAUGAUACAUUAUUCAGGAAACUGACCUAGAAAGACAAUAAUUAAGCCAAAUGACUUGCCCAAAACCACCGAUAUUGUGUGUUGCUUGACUAAAAAUCGCCACCUUUUACACAAGAUGUGGGAAGAGGGCAUUCUGCAAAUGCCGCACAAUAUUACUACUGCUGAUAUAGUGAUAUUUAUAUUCCUACUGAAAUAGAAUAGUUUCACAAAGAUAUAAAAUUACUUCAAAAAUGAAUUUGACUUAACAAUUAUUUGCCAUCAUUUGAUAGAAGUGUAAAUCUUUCAUAUGGGAUAUUGUCACUAUGACCUUGUGAACAAUUCACAGUAGUUUUAAAUUCUUGUAGUUCAUUAUUGUUUUGAAACUGUCUAAUUGUAAACAGUUAUGCAGAUAUCUAUUGUAACGUCUUGAGCAGUCUGUAUAGUUGAGCGUAGGCCAGAUUGCAAUACCCAUACAAAUGAAUAGCAUAUUUAUUAUAAUUUAUAAUGUUUAAGUAAUAAAUUUUUAGUAUAAUUUGAUUUAUUUACAAUAUUUUUCUUUGUUAUAUACAACCCGUCCCUUGAGAUUGAAGUUAUGAAAGCAUUUAGCCCAGGUAUCUUUACCGUAUUGUUGAUAGAAACAGCCCCUAGCCGCGUAGCAACUGUUAAAAGCUAAAUUGAAAUUUCAGCGUUAUUGAAGAUGCUAUGUCACUCUUGGCUAGGAGGUAGACCAUUGAGAACGCGAAAUCAAAUGACAUGACAGUGUAAAUGUAUUAUUUAUUGUAAUUAUCGCUUUCCUAUGCAGUAUUUUCAUAGAGCCUAUUAUUUGUAUUGAAAUGUUUUAUAAAUGCGAGUUUAAGUGAUCCAUAUUGACGCCUUUAUAGUUCGCUUGCGUGUAUUUCAUCAAUAUGAACAACCAAGGAAGAGAGAAACUGUACGUUUAACUUUUCAAUUAAAAUAAUAGGUACUAUAGGUAGACAAUUAGAUUAACACAAAACAAUGUUUGUCUAAAACUUUUUAUUUUUCUCUCCUCAAUGCAGAUCUUGUUUUGUGAUAGCAUAGUUUUUGUUUAUGUUGCUAUGCUGAUUAUUAAAAAACUAUAUUUUAUAUACAUUUCUAAUUACCUGUUGUAAGUGAUUUCUAUUCUUUAGAUUGUCAAGCUCAGACACCUAUACAUUGAACUGUUAUGGCCAUUAUUAUGUAAAAGAGUUUAUUAUAAAAAAGUGAUUGAUUCCUAUAAGACUUAUAUUGUAACAUCAGUUAACUAAAGUUCCAAAUUCUGAUUUACUAAAACUAGCUGACUUAUCAUAAAUGCGAAUACCGAGUUAAAAGCUUGCCGCGAGUACGCCGGACGUACCUAAAAUGAAGUAGAAGAUAUACUUGAAAUCCUUCAAAAAUCGACAUAGCGAUUAAUGUCAGAGCUAAACUGACUAGGUGAAAUUUCCUCUCCGUCGGUCACCGGUGACCGACUGCGAUCCGACGUCGGCCACCAGUGACCGACGUUAUUUUACUUGGACGUAUUUAUCAGCAUGACAAUGUAAACAUUUAAUAAUAGUUUCGAAGCGCCCACAGACUAAAUACAAAGUGACUUAUUGCUAUGUACUGAGAUAUUGUUAAUGUUUAGAUUAAGCAAUAGUUUGGUAAGACAGCGUAUUAACAAAAAAAAAAGAAUUAUAAAUCUGUUUUUAGUGUUGUGUAUCAUUUAUAAGGGCAAAUUCAAUGUACCAUAAUUCUUGUGAUUGUAAAUUAUAUAGUUUCUUUUUUCUUACAAAUCGUGAUUGAUAAUAAAAACAAUAGUUUUCUAAAGGUCAAUUAAUUAACUUAUGUAUUCUAUAAAAAGACCAAACCCUGGUUAUUGAUACACAUGCAUGAGAAACAAACGAAAAAUUGUAAAAAUGUAUACGCGAAUUAUAAAUGUACCUACUGGAAGGAUAAAUAAAUUUAUUAGUAUUAAUAUCUCGUAAUUUUUGUGGUAACAUAUAUAAGAUGAUAUUAAACUCAGUAAGUUACUGUAAGCUUUAGUUUAGAAAGCUUUUAUACGUCUAUUUAGAUUUAAUUGGGCAUGCAAAAAUAUAACACAUAUCUCUUGAAGUGCAAUCUAAACUCGCAUUUAUGUUAUUGACAUUAGGUUCAAUUUUACAACAUUAUUUAUUGACUUGCUCGUAAGUCUCCAUAAGUGCAAUUUUAGAUUAACUUCAUUUGUUAUGAAAGGCCAGAGGCUGUGCAAAAGCUUAGGUUAGAUGAAUGAGUGUGUUAGUGUUGCCAGAUCGUUUGUCACAUGUCAUCUAAACUAUGACUGACCAAGCCAAGAUCAGAAGCACAGAUUCUUGCUAUGGUUAUCGCACUGUUUCUUGGCUACCUAAACUUAGCCUUUGCGUACACGGGGUGAUGCAAGAUCUCUACACUAAGCCAGAUUCACUAUAAUAGGGCUCAAAGAUAUGGUAUAGUAUAUACAAGUUGUGUGAGACUUGGAAACCGCGUGUACGGAUGAGGUUUUAAUAAAAAACGUAGACGAAAAAAUGAACUCAAUUUAAUAUGAACUGCGAAAAUAUCAAUUUAUAUCAACCAAUGUUUUUCAGAGGUUCAAUUGUUAAUUACGUCUUAUAAUUAUAUAACUCUGGAGUGAUACCGCCAAAGUUAAAUGUUUUCAUUUUAUUUGAAACAUUUUGUUGGGUAAUGUUUGAAUUUUAUUUCAUAUUCAACAAUAAUUGAAUAGUAAGAUUGUACAGUGACUAAAAGUGGUCGUUCGACAUGUAUUGACAUUCCGAUCUGACAUUUGUCAUUUUCAAAUAUGGCCACUGGCAUAUAGUUUCUCGUCGCAAAAACAGCUUUAACACAUGUGAGUAAGGUUCAAAAUGUGUGUAAGACAGAAAUAAUCAAAAUUCAAUCAUUACUCAGACAGCCACAGACACUCUUAUGGGUUUAGUUGUGUAUGUUAAAUAGUUAUUUAUUAAACUUUUUAGAUCAAUUUUUCGUUUUAAGUAGUAAGUUUUUUGUUUAAUUUUAGCGUAGUACACAUUCCUUAGCUAAAUAAAUUAGUUAAUUUGA